AUGCAGGAAGUGACAUCAGAAAGUGUACUGGAGCAGGUCCAGAGGGAGGAGACGCAGAUUUGGAAAAAGAGAGAGAGGUUUUCCCACAUGACUGUCAAGCAGGAGAGGCGGGAUAGAGGGUCAAGUGUGGGCCUGGUGGAGCGGUACCUCCGCAGGUCCUUCCCUAGGGGCUUGUCGACCUGCUCCUACCCAGACAGGGACAGGCAGCGGCAGGUAGAGGAGCCCCGGGGGCCUGGGCCUUUCUACUUCUUUGGAGGAGCCAAUGGAGCUGAAAUAGUGAGCGGUUACUGUGAGAGCAGAGGAUGGAAGAGGAUUUACAACAAGCACAGGGAGGAUUUCAAACUCAAGUGGUGCGAGACCAAAAUACCAGCCAACUACUGUAACUUCAGAGAAGGUGAACAGUUGGUGUACCAGAUCCCCAACAACAAAGUGCUAACCACUAAGAUUGGCCUCCUCAGCAGUCUGCGGGAGUAUGAGCGAGUCAGCAGCAAAGUGAACCACGGCCGAGGACUGAGGAGGCUGAAAAUGGAAGAAUUUAUUCCCACUACCUUCCGCAUGGAUGUGAGGGAAGAGAGGGAGGCUUUCUUUGCCCAGCAGGAGGGUGUGAGCAACAAUGAGAGUCACAUGUGGAUCUGUAAGCCCACGGGUCUGAACCAGGGCCGAGGGAUCUUUCUGCUGAAGAGCCAGGAGGACGUAGCGGCCUUCAAACUGAAGCUGCAGCACACUGAGGACAGCCAGGCCGACAGAAAGACGCACCACCGCCAGCCUCAGGCGCGCGUUGUCCAACAUUACAUCCAGAGUCCACUGCUCCUGAAAGGGAAAAAGUUUGAUGUGCGCUCUUACCUCCUGAUCGCCUGCACUGCUCCUUACAUGGUUUUCUUUCGCCACGGAUACGUGCGACUGACUUGUGACCUCUACGACCCCAGCUCCAAUAACCUCUCUGCCCACCUGACCAAUCAGUACAUGCAGAAGAAGAACCCUCUGUACAGCCAGCUAAAGGAGGACACUGUGUGGUCCAUGGAGAGCUUCAACACCUACGUCAACGACAGGUUUCAGGUUGCCAAGGACCUGCCCAGGGACUGGGUGCUGGGCGCCUUUGCAAAACGCAUGCAGCAGAUCCUCACACAGUGUUUCUUAGCAGUCAAAUACAAGUUAGUCUGCCGACUGGGCUUCUUUGACUUGAUUGGCUGCGACUUCAUGGUAGACGAGGACUUCAAGGUGUGGUUGUUGGAGAUGAACUGUAAUCCAGCUCUUCAUACAAACUGUGAAGUGCUGAAGGAGGUGAUACCCAGCACUGUUGAGGAGGCACUGGAUUUAACUCUGGAGAUCUUCAACAAGUGUCGUCUCAGGCAGAGGAUCCUUCCUCUGGCCAGUCAGAGGGACUUUGUGCUGCUGUACAAUGGAGUGUAUCCUCCUGACUCAGAGCUAGCCUGCAGCAAGAGCAACACAAACUGCGAAAUCAACCUGAAGAUUACCAAAAAGGCUGAACCUAGGAGAUGUAAGUCAGGGACAACAUCCCUUUACGGUGCCUCAGCGAGCGUUGAAGGAAGGGGUUGUUCAGAGUCUGACCAGCGUCCCACCACCUCCACCUCACCUCCCCAGCAAAGCUCUCCAUCAGUGCAGGGUCAUUUACACAGCAGCAGCAGCAGCAGCAACAUGCAGACUGGUAAAAAUAGGCACCCCAGGCCUCGGGUGGAACUCCAGCUGAGCAAAUGUACUUUGCAACAUCAUGUGAGAGCUGCAGAUGACGGGAAGCACUCUAAAGCUGAACAGAGGUCAAAGGUUAUCAUGUCGGUGUCCUCAGCGGGGAUCUCUGUCUGUGGAUCUCCAGAGAAAACGACAGCGUUCCUUCCCCAUGCUGGACCUGCUUUGAUGAGUGAAAAAGAGCUCAGAGAGACAAAAGAGGAAGUGUGAGACAUCAUAUUUAAACAGCUAGGUUCCACAGAGCUUUGUCAAUCAAAAAACAAAAAAAAUGUACACUUCAAACACCUGGUGCUGUUUAAAUUCACAAAAUAAAGUUUUAAUGUGGCAAUAAAGUACGUAUUAUCACCUGAAAAAUUAUAACUAGGCUCAUUUUAUUAUUGCUUUGUAAGUAAUAUGUUGUUUUGAUUAGGUUUUUCUUCCAAAAGAAAAGCCAGAUUUGUUUACUAUAAAUUUAAGUACGAAUGGAAAAUAUUUCCAAAAAUUGGACAAAAAAAGUCGAUAUAGCAUGUCGAUUUUUGUCAAAAAUGGUCAAAUUUUAAAAUGCCUAAAAAUGCUGAAAAUGUCUUUAUUAUUGUCUGUUGACACAUAUCAGAGCUUAGUUUGUCCAGAUAUGACAGCAAAGCACCAUAUUAUGGGAUGUCCAAAAAAUUGGACAAAAAAAAGUCGAUACAGCAUGUCGAUAUUUGUCAAAAAUGGUCAAAUUUUAAAAUGCCUAAAUUUCAGAAAAUUACAUUAUUAUAGUCUGUUGACACAUAUUAGAGCAUAGAUUGUCCGUCAAUGACGAAAAAACACCAUGAUAUGGGAAGUCCAUUGGACAAAAACAAAAAGUCAUACUAUAGCAUAUUGAUUUUCUGUUGGUUGAUGAGUAAAGAAGAGCUCAGAGAGACAAAAGAGGAAGUGUGAUGCAUCAUUCUUAAGCAGCUAGGAUCAAAAGAGCUUUGUCUAAAAAAAAUAUGUGGUUUUAAUGUGGCA